ACGACUGAGGCAUCAUUUCAGUUCGUACCACUCGACCGAAAACAACUGUUAGCAAAGAUGACUGGCCGCGGCAAAGGAGGAAAGGGUCUCGGAAAAGGAGGAGCCAAGCGUCAUCGCAAGGUUUUGCGUGAUAACAUCCAGGGAAUCACCAAGCCCGCCAUCCGUCGUUUGGCUCGCCGAGGCGGUGUCAAGCGUAUCUCCGGUCUGAUCUACGAGGAAACCCGUGGUGUGCUGAAGGUGUUCCUGGAAAACGUGAUCCGUGACGCCGUCACCUACACCGAACACGCCAAGCGUAAGACCGUCACCGCCAUGGACGUCGUCUACGCUCUCAAGCGCCAGGGACGCACUCUGUACGGUUUCGGAGGUUAAGCUACCAACCCCAGCCAUUGCAUUGGAUCCCCGCAA